AUGGUGGGCCUCAAGAACCGAUGGGGAGAUUUGCUGGAGGAUGAGGAGGAGCUCCCACCGACAACAACCACCGGACCAGAUGGAAAGGGCAUCGUCGUCCGCGUGGAGUACUCCCGCAACGACAAGGGCGACGUGAUCAAGAAGACCACCCGCACCAAGGUGGUGAAGAUUGAGAAGAAGGUCUACAAGUCGGCCGUGGAGCGGCGGGAGGGCUGGACCAAGUUUGGCGACGCCGCGUCUGAGCGCGCCUCUGACAUCAUCUCCGCCAAGGCCACGGAGGACAUCCCCUUUGAGCGCGUGCGGCCGCAGAAGCAGACGCAGGAGGACAAGGGUAAGAUGGACUUCCAGACCGCCAUGGCCGGCUCCGACAAGGCCGCCAUCGUGGGGAACAUCAAGGACAUGCUGUACAAGCGGCGCAUGGAGCGCCAGCUGCUGGAGGCCAAGGGCCUGUUGGCGCCCGCAGAACGGCCGCCGGGCGAGGACGACGGUCCCUCCGGCCUCAAGACCUCUGGCACGGGCUGGGUGGCGCCCUCCAUGCGGCAGCGCCUGGCCGGCGGGGAGACCAUGGAGUCCCUGGCGCUCAAACGCCGCGACGAGAACAGCGUGAGGGUGACCAACCUGAGCGAAGACGUGUCGGAGGACGACCUGCGGGAACUGUUCGGCGCGUUUGGCCAGGUGCAGCGGGUGUUCAUUGCCAAGGACCGAGAGACGGGCGAGUCGCGAGGCUUUGCAUUCGUCAACUUUGUGCUGCGGGACGAUGCCGUACGGGCCAUCAACAAGCUGGAUGGCUUUGGGUAUGACAACCUCAUCCUCAGCGUCACCUGGGCGGCGCCGAGGGAGCCCCGACCAUGA